AAUACCGGUCAAGUUCCUCUUGAACCCUAGGUUCGACCUGCUGGGCUACUUCGCUCGGCACGUCCGACGGCUUUUCGCGGCUCCGGCCUUUGAGCUUGAUGACCUGGCAGGCGAGUUUCGAGUCCUGUUCACGCGCAAACCACGCCCUCGCAUCAGUCCGCCCAUCCCGCUGUUUGCAGUGAGGCCAAGGACUCACGGUACGGAAUCGGAAGGCAACCUUGAGGCGUUGCAGCGCAAUGCAGCCGCCCCUCGAGAUUUUUCUCGCCUGAUUCCGGAACCUGUCGUGGUAGUCGUGCAAGUGAACGAGCAACCCGCUCGAGCCCUAAUCGACUCCGGGUCGCUGUCAGAUUUCAUGUCUGCAAGGUUGGCUCAUCAAUUAGGCAUCAAUGUCUUUGAACUGACGAAGCCUUUACCUGUACAGUUGGCUGUCCAAGGGUCUCGCGCAAAGAUCAACUUUGGUUGCAGGGCGCGUCUCGAAUACCAGCGUAUCCGGUCCGAGAGGUAUUUCGACGUAAUUAACCUGCUGAAUUACGACCUCAUCCUCGGAACUCCGUUCAUUUUCCAGCACAAAGUUACGCUGGGGCUCAACCCUGCCACUUUAGUCGUGGGCAGCCCACAGGCACUACCAAUCGAAGGUCGCCAGGUGCGAACGCUGCAGUCCCACUCGGCUGAUGUUUUGGACGACGUACUCGAGGCGGCAAGACGGGAGUUGCGUGAGUAUGCCGCUCCAGUAUGCAAAGAAGCCAGUGACUCACCGUUGCCCCCUCUGCGUGUGAUAAAUCACCGGAUUCCUCUCAUAGACCCGGACAAAGUCUAUACGUGGCGCCCAUCUAAAUGCCCGGACGCUCACAGGGAGAAUUGGAGGGAGAAACGCGAUGCUUACCUCAAAUCC